GGAGGGGUAUAUAUGGAAUAUAAGUCCUCCUCAAAAUAGGCACCACAGCAACAUCUAUCCCACCUCACGUCAUUGGAUUGGUCUUGAGAGGGUGCUGAUUGAAUCUUAUAACAAAACCUACCUUAGAGAAUUGCUUUCAAUGUAGCAGUAGACUCACCUACUCCUGAUCCUGAUUGUGAGGGACAAAGUGAAAAGGGCGUAUUCCAGCUGAACAAUGUCCACGUCAACAUCAAUCAGAAGUCAAAGUCCAUUACAACAGCAAUAAACCUAAACAUUAAGUUGGAUUUAACACCCUGAAAGAUAUAUUCCAUUUAGCUUUUAACUGUAUAUUUAUCAGAAUGCAUACGAUUAGGUCUUGAGGUAUAGUCUUUCUCUCUAGGUGGUUAUAGCCUUACAGGUUCAGGUAAACAAACAAAAUGUCUCAGAGCUUACCAGCGAUCCUUGAGGAGUGGAAAUGUAUGGACGAGCAGUAUCAGAACAUUCAGGAUACAUACAAGAUCUACGUGCAGAAACUAGAUGAGAUCUCCAAGCUGCAGAGUAGCUGCUCUGCCUCCAUCUCCAAUCAGCGGCGACGAUUAAAGGAGAUGACCCAGUCAAUCAAGAGAUGCAGCAAUGACCUUACAGCGGAAGAAGCCAAAUCCAUUGAGGAAAUGAAUGGAAAAAUCAAGACAAGACCAAAUAUUUUCUUGGAAAUGGAAUCAUUUCUUCCCAAGAAAAAUGGGAUUUAUCUAAAUUUGGUCCUCGGAAGUGUGAACGUGACUCUUCUCAGCAAGCAGGCAAAAUUUGCCUACAAGGACGAGUAUGAAAAGUUCAAGCUGUGCCUCACGGUGAUACUGCUUGUAUUUUCCUUCAUUUGCUACUUCUUCAUCAACUUCCGAUUUGUUGAUGCAAUCCUCAACUUUCUCUUGGUGUGGUACUACUGUACGCUAACAAUCCGAGAGAGCGUUCUCAUUACCAAUGGAUCCAGAAUCAAAGGCUGGUGGGUGUUCCAUCACUACAUCUCUACCUUCCUGUCAGGAGUAAUGCUGACUUGGCCGGAUGGACAUCUGUACAAAGUUUUCAGGAACCAAUUUAUUGCCUACAGUCUGUAUCAGAGUUUUGUCCAGUGUCUCCAAUGCUACUAUCAGAGUGGCUGUCUGUAUAGACUACGAGCGCUGGGAGAAAGACACAACAUGGACCUCACUAUGGAGGGAUUUCAGUCAUGGAUGUGGCGAGGACUGACGUUCCUCUUGCCCUUCCUGUUUUUCGGGCAUUUCUGGCAGCUCUUCAAUAGCCUCUCACUCUUCGGGAUGGCUAAGCUCCCAGACUGUAAGGAAUGGCAGGUCUUGGCUUGUGGUCUCUGCUUCCUUAUUCUCUUUACGGGCAAUUUCUUCACAACUGUCGCCGUAGUACGCCACAAAAUCAAGAGCAAGAACGAGACAAAGGCCAAGAAUCAAUGAUGCAACAAUGAAACAAUGCAAAUAAUCCCACAGAUAUUGUGAUUACUCUGAUGGUCUGCUGUGCUUUAAUCAGUUGUAUUGAAUCAAAAUGUUCAUAUAUUAAUACAUGAGAGUCAAGAUUUAUGUGAGGGUAUAUUUAUAUUAGCCUAAUGUUUAACUAAACAAAUAGUUGUAUACAUGAAUUCCAAUUAUUCUUCACUAAAAUAACAAAAUCUCUCUCUCUCUCUCU